AUGCAGCGGAACACUUGGCCAUCCUCAAAGCAGGCUGGGCUUCUAACGUCAAAGAGUACCUCCGAUCGAACUAUCCCGCCCUCACCGAAGACCAUAUAUAUAUUACUCUUCACAAUUCAACAAGACGAGUGGCCGAAUGCCAUAAAACUUUUGCACUCUCCGGUCCCCAUCGAGCCCCAACUCGGCUCAGGUCCUUCCAUCACUAUCGACUUCUACAACAAGCAGACUCAAGCAUUGAAAAUUACCAUGUACUUUGUUCUGGCUAUCUGGGUUUUAUUGAUCUUAUAUGAGCUUUUCAUUGCAUUCAAUCGACUCUACUUCUACGACACUCAGAAGGAAGUUAAGCGCCAUCAAGACGACACUGUGAAGGCAAUUGAGCUGGAGAUUUUGACACAUAGAGAGCAGGAGAAUAGAGUGGAGGCUAAGAAGAGGUGCUUGGUUGCGGUUGCAGAGAUGUCACGAAGGAGAGGGAGAGAGAUCUCCUGGACAUUGUGGGGGGGCGGAGGUGUCGCUUCUUAUGUGGCUUUUUGGGGACCGGCGGUCGUUGAGGAAGUUACUCAGUCGUUCGACGAUGCGGUAUUGGUCAAAGUCAACCCAGUGGCCGAGAAGUACAAGACUAUUGAGACGGAGAAAGAACUCUUCAUGGAGAAGGCACAUGACCAGAACUGGGAAUUCGUCAGGCAAGAAGAGAAGAAGAACAACAUCGUUCGCUUGGCUGAAGAGGAGUGGAAGAAUGUCAAGGAAGCUAGGGAGAACAGUGGAAAAGGUGUCAAGAAUGGUUGGUUGUUCUUCAAGGAGGAAGAGAGCAACGCGGUGGAAUUGAGUGAAGAGGAGUGGAAGAUUAUUCAUGACACGAGGGAGAAGAACACGAAGAGGGGCUGGUUCUCUUGA